AUGAACGGCUCCGCACUAGCCGUGGGCGACCGCGCGCGCUUCCGCCUGCCCGACAAGUCCGUCCACCGGGGCGUCGUCACCGCGAUUCACGGAGACGGCACGUAUGCACUCGAGGAGGAAGGCUCGGGCGCCGCGCACCGCCUCCCGGGCGCGAAGGUCAAGCGGGACGACACGCCGACCGUCGUCCGAUUGAUCACCCAGGACGAAAACGAAGUAGGCGACGACGGCGAAGCGUUGCUCAGAGUAGAGGAGGAGGGCUUACAAUUACUAGAAAGCCUGAACGAGACGAGAGUAGCUGUAUGUUCUGUAGCGGGCAUGUACCGCACGGGCAAGUCCUUCUUUCUCAAUAGAUUGGCCGGAAGUGAAGGAGGCUUCGGCGUCGGCGAGACCACAGAACCAUGCACCAGAGGCGUGUGGUUGUGGCACCGGCCCGACCUGAAGACGAGUGACGGUGCCACUCUGUUGUUAAUGGACACCGAGGGCCUCGCAUCAGCAGAUCAAGACGAGACGUAUGACGCCAAGGUCUUUGCUUUAGCGCUACUACUGUCUUCUUAUUUUGUUUUAAACGUGGUGGGCGUCAUUGAUGAUAGUACCAUAGAGAGAUUACAUCUGGUGACGGAGGUCACGAAGCGCAUCGCUACUGAAGGUUCAGUAGAGGACCACUUUCCACCUUUGCUCGUGUUGGUGCGGGACUUCGCGUUGACGCCGACGAGGGACGGCGUCGCCAUAUCUGAUCAAGAGUACUUGGAAGAUGCAUUAAGAGAUCGCGGGACGCCGGGCCAGAAGCGGCACGAGCGGCGCAACGAAACGAGACAAGCAUUGCGGCGGUUGUUCCCGCGGGGCCGGCGGUCGUGUACGACACUCGUGCGACCGGCGUUAGAUGAAGCAUCUCUGAGACGGGCCCACGCGUUGAAGGAUGAAGAGUUGAGGGAGGAGUUCGUGGCGAAGCUUAAGUUAUUGAGGAGCUCACUUGUUGAUGGUAGAGAUGAGAUAGGUGUGACAACCAUCCGAGGGAAAAGUGUCUUAGGCGCGCCGUGCUCCGCUUCCGCCUUGGCCGCGUUAGCUAGACAUCAUGUGGACGCGAUCAACAACGGCGCCGCGCCCUCUAUUAGAGGAGCGUGGGACGCGGCCUCUCGAGAACUGAACGCGCGGGCGUCGCAACAAGCGCUGGAGGCUUUUGAGGACAACCUGGCCAUACCAGAAGGUGAGUUACCAGAACCACCUGUGUUGUCCGAUGCUUUAAGUGCGGACGCGGCCUGCCGAGACGCGUGCGACGCGGCUUUGCGAGUCUUCGAUACGCGGUCGUGCGACGGCUCAGAUCGGGCCGAAGCGCGAAGCGCGCUGGAGGCGCAGCUCGCGAAGCUCUGUGACACUGCGCGACGUGAUUUAGAGGCGCGCUCCGACGCCAGCUGCGACGCGGCACUGAGAAAUUUGGCCGAGAGGGACGCCUUCGCCGGCCUGCCCGACGCGGAGGAGGACGAGUCCCACGGCGGUCUAGUCGUGGAAAGAGCGCGCACUGGUUUAUGGGAGCCGCUCUGCGACGAUCUAACGACAAAGUUCCGCGGGCCCCGACGGGAAGCACGUUUAGUGGAUGCGCUAUCUACGACCGCGGUGCCGCGGUUAGUAGAACCGGCCGUGGCCGAGGUUCUGAGGAGGGGCGCCGCAUCCCGAGUGUUACUACAAAAGCGCCUCGAGAAAGAGCAGAGCGAUGAGCGCGCCGAGGCCAAGAAGCGCUUCGACGAGGCCGAGGCGCGCGCGUCGGCCGAGCGGUCUCGUUUAACAACGGAGAUCGAAACUGUAUCAACGAAACUCGCCGCAACGGAACGCGACGUCGAUGAACUGCGGAGCGCGAAGCGAGAAGUCGACGACGCGCUCGCUGAUAGCAAACGCACGGCAAAAGAUUUGGAGGCCGACGUCGCGCGGACCCAAAGCUCCUUGGAAGAGACGCAGAAGAAGCUCGCGUCGACGACCGACGACCUGGCGAACGCCGAGAGUCGAGCGGGCGACGCGGAAGCUUCCCUCGAGGCGACGCGGCGGGAAUUGAGAAGCGAGCGCGAGAUGAGUGCGACUCUCACACAGUCGCUCGAGCAGCUGCAAAACCGCGUCGCUGACUUGGACGGUCGUCUCAAGAGAUCGGAGGACGACGCGUCGGCGGCGGCGCUGCGGCACGGCGACGCCAUCGAGCAGCGAGAAAAGGAGCUUGCUGAGUUAAGAAGACGGCUAAACGAAAGCGAGGCCGACGCCGCGAAGCUUUCUGAUGACCUCGACGAAUUGACGCGCUCCAACGCCCAAGCUCAAGCCGACGCCGACGCGCGCAAUCUGAGUCUGAUGAUGGAGGGCGCGUCCGAGCGCUCUAGGUUAGAAGGAGCCGCGGCGAUCGCUUGCGCGUCGCAAGCUUGUGUCGCAGCACUGGUGGCGAAGGUCGAGGCGUCGCAGCGACUGGAGCGGAGAGAAGCCUACUAUUCCGCGAAACUGCUGCAGACGGAGCGCAAGGCCCAGAAGGCUCAACAGCAGUCGUCGCCCGGCCUCUUCUCGCCGUUCCGCGCGGGCGGGUCGGCGCGGAAACUCUUCAGCGUCGGCAGCGAGAAGAUCGAGUCCGUGGCGUCGUCCUUCCUCAACUUGGUGGACGAGGAGCUCAACGAGGAGGAGAAUGUUCAAAUCCCGGCGCGGGCCGCGGCGACGCCGGUGCGGGAUAGGAGUGUGCCCAAGCCGCUGCGGGAGCGGGCGAAGGAGCACGCGCGGCGGUCGUCGUCGGGGUCGUAA